AAAGCGAGCGGACACCGCGCGUCCAACCUGAACUGUCAGCUGUAAGCAGGAGUCCUCUGCCGAGUACCAAGCAGCUCGACAGAAGACACCCGGAAGGCACGAAAGUAAAUUUGAAAGGGCAGCAUGAAUCGCUUUAAGACCUCCAAAUUCAAAAACACCACUCCGAAAAUUGCCAAGAAAGAUGAAUGGAUCAACAUUGUCCGAGCUGGUUCCUUCUCCUGCCAGGGGAACCACAUCAAAGCCAGCUCCAAGUUGGUGGCGUUCAAUACCGAACAGGCUGGUGGAGGUAUGCUGGGACUGUCCUCAGUCAAACCUGGAUCAGAUGGUCAAUGGACAGUCACUCAGAUUUCAUGCCAUUCUGAUCUGGUGACCGAUAUGGACUUUUCUCCUUUUGAUGACAGUCUCCUGGCAACAUGCUCUGCAGAUGAAACGGUGAAGCUGUGGCGUUUGUGUGAUCCAGAGCUGCAGCAGCCCGGCAGUCCGGAGCUGACCCUGCGUCCAAGUCAGGGCAGGCUGGAGCUGGUGCUUUUCCACCCCACCUCCUCUGGCCUGCUGGCUGUUGGCACCACCAAGUCCCCCCUGAUUUGGGACACCAGCCGCCAGGACGCGCCACUAGCAGCUCUGGAGCAGCACAGUGACCAGCUGCAGAGUCUGAGCUGGAAACAGGACGGCUCCCUGCUGGCUUCCUCCUGCAAGGACAAGAUGCUGCGAGUGUUUGACCCCAGAGCACAGCUGACACCUGUUCAGAGUGCCAAGAGCCUUCAAAGCAACAAGGAUUCAAGGAUCCUGUGGGCCAAAGACGACCUUUUACUAACCACCGGCUUUGAUAUGAUGCGUAGUCGGGAGGUGAGGCUUUGGGACAGCAGGAAGCUGAGCUCUUCACUCAGCUCGGUGUCACUUGGAACUUCCAGUGGGAUGCUGAUCCCUCUGUUUGAUGAUGACACUGGUCUGCUCACACUGGCUGGCGUGGGAGACACUGUAGUUGAUUGCUUUGAAGUGUCAUCCUCCGAGCCUUUCCUCUCGCAAGUGAGCCACUGUCUGACCGACAUCUCAACACGAGGAGUCGCCAUGAUACCCAAGCUGGCACUGGAUGUCAUGUCCUGCGAAGUGAUGCGUGUGCUUCAGCUGACAGACAGCUGCAUUGUGCCAAUCAGCUAUCAAGUCCCUCGCAAGCAUUCAGGGCAGGAGUUUCAUGACGAUCUUUACCCGGAUACAGUGAGUGCAACUCCAGCCAUGUCUGCUGAGGAAUGGUGGCAGGGAGGGAACAAGCAGGUGGAGAAAGUCAGCCUCCACCCAGACAAACAGCCCAAACAGAAGGCUCCACCAGCAAAACAAAUGCCUGCAAAGAAGGAGCUGGUCAGUGGAGGAAGCAAGGAGGAUCCAGCACGUGGCUGCUCCACCUCCAGUAGUCCUCUGACCACUCCCAGUAGCAGCGCUGCCCCAUCCCGCUCUCCCUCCUCUACCUCCGGCCUCUCCUCAGGCUUCCUCCCCAGCCCCAGUCCCAGCCAGAGCACCAAGGCCAUCCACAGCCUGCUGGGACCAACCUCCAAGUUCCGCCACAUCGCAGGCACAGUGAUGCACCGGGACACACACAUCACUAACCUGCGUGGCCUCAACCUGACUACACCAGGCGAGUGUGACGGCUUCUGUGUGAACCGCCAACGUGUGGCAGUGCCACUCGCCAUCUCUGGAGGCCAAAUUGGCGUCUUUGAGCGCUCUCAGCCUGGCAGGCUGCCAGACACAGCCCUGUCCACCAUCCAGAACUCUGUAAAUGUGGUUGACCUCUCUUGGGACCCCUUUGAUACACACCGGCUUGCUGUGGCUGGUGAUGAUGCAAAGAUCCGUGUGUGGCACGUACCAGAGGGAGGGCUGAAAGAGACCCUGACUGAGCCUGAGCUCAUCUUGCAAGGCCACACGGAAAAGAUUUACUCCAUCAAGUUCCACCCUCUGGCAAGCGGACUGCUGGUGUCUUCAUCCUACGAUCUAACAGUCAGACUGUGGAACCUGGAGAGCGGUGAGCAGGUCAAACUCCUCACGGGACACCAGGACCAGGUCUUUGCCAUGGCGUGGAGCCCAGAUGGGAAGCUCCUGGCCACAGUGUGCAAAGAUGGGAAGGUUCGCAUCUAUGACCCCCGCAAGUCCACUGCACCAGUGCAGGAGGGCCCAGGUCCUGAGGGCCACAGGGGAGCUCGUGCGGUGUGGGUGUGUGAUGGCAAGUACCUGUUGGUGUCAGGAUUUGACAGUCGUAGUGAGCGAGGGCUCUACCUGUACUCUGCUGACUCCCUUUCAUCUGGAGCCACAGCCAGCACCCUUGUAGACAUCUCCCCCUCUACCCUCAUCCCUUUUUAUGACCCCGACACCAGCGUGGUCAUCCUCACUGGAAAAGGUGAUACCAGAGUGCACAUUUAUGAGGUGCUCCCCGAUGCGCCGCACUUUAUGGAGUGCAGCAGUUUUAACUCUCCUGAGCCACAUAAGGGCUUGGCCUUUCUGCCCAAGACAGAGUGCAACGUGCGCGAUGUGGAGAUAGCUGUAGCACUAAUGCUCACCAAGACAACCAUAGAGCCAGUGGCCUUUAAAGUACCACGGGUCAAGAAAGAGUUUUUCCAGGACGACUUGUACACAGACACAGCAGUCUGUUGGGAACCGGCACUGACUGCCUCUGCCUGGCUGUCUGGCUCCAAUGGGCAACACAAAAAGAUCAGCCUGAAGCCUAAAGACAUGACACCAGUGAGUGAGGCCCCCAAAGAAGCUCCGGUUAGAAAAUACUUGCCCUCAUCUGUUUACCUAGAGGAGAAGACUGAUGAACAGAAGAAAGAGGAGCUGCUCAGCGCCAUGGUGGCUAAGUUGGGGAACAUGGACGACCCACUGCCACAGGAGUCCUUCGAAGGGGUCGAUGAGGACGAGUGGGAUGACUAAAAGGGACGGGAUUUUUUCUUCGGUUCAAUCGUGGUGCCAACAGCAGAGAGGAGGGAGCAGAUCAAAUGUCAAAUUGCCAUGUGUGGAUGCAAUGGUGCCACCCACACAACCUCUGAGCUUAAUCAGCUAGCAGCUCAGCCUACUGCACACGCAAGGAAUACUGUACAAUGUGAAAGUGUCAAUGAUUUGGGAAAGAAAAUCACAAUAUCUACUAUAUCAGUGUGUAUCUCAAUAUCUGUUAAGGUUUGGAAAAUCAAAUGUCAUGUUGUCUAGUUGGUGUUCAUCCUGUCAGACUGCAUGAAAUUGGAUAUGAAAAUCAUUUUUAGCUGUAAUUCUUAAAUAUUUCAGGAAUCAUUCCGGGAUAAAUCUCACAUAGUAACUGCUUUAUGUUAAUGUAGACUGCAAAUAGUUGUGUCACAUUAUUGAUGAUAAUUUCAAAAGCAAAUCCCACCAUGCAAGAUGAAUGAUUAUACAUGUAUAUACAAUCAUAUAUGGGGACACCUCAAACAUAUUUCUGAUAAACCACGGGUGUAAGUCAUUGAAAGGGGAAUUAAACAGCAAGCAAUCAUAGCAAUAAUACUUCUGCUUUAUGCGACAUUACCAGUUACACCGAUGACAAAUAACUUUUUAAAAAUUGAUUUUGGCACAGCUUUUCUCUUUGUCUGUGGUAUGUAGCCAUUGUUUAACACUCUGAGGUGUCCCAAUAUACAAAAAAAAAAAAUAAUAGCCUCUUCCUAAUGGCUCCAGUCUGUUAUUUUCUGAUCUCAAGAUACCAGGUUGUGUACCAUUGCAUACAAAGUUGUUACAUGUGUGCACAUUUGCCUCCACAGUGGACCACUGCUUGCUUUUUCUACUGGCCAGUCAUAUGAGCACGCUCAGUCACAAUGUGUCUUUAAAAAGAUGUAAUGUUGCAAAAAAUAUUGUUAAUGAACAUCAUGCAUCUGUAAAAAAAAAAAAAAAUGAUAAUAAUAACAACAACUCUGUCUUCCUGUUUAGUCAGGUAAAACACACACAUGAAUACUGUAACAUGUUGAAGCCUUCAACAGCAAAAACCACACUGAGGAUACAACAGGGUCACCAGUGUUCAUGGUUGGCCAUGAACUGGAAUUUAUAAUGACAACAACAUUAAGUUCACUUUUCUUUGUUAGCCAAUGAUAGAAUAAGAUGCCAUUUUAAAAUGAUGUGUUAUUGUAUUUGUAGUUAGAUUUGAUUGAAUGUUGCCAUCCAGCUGUCAUAUAAUAGUCUUAUAAGUAGGGGUUAAAGGUAAAUGAAACUAUGAUGUUGUUAUGCAUUGAAAGCCAAACCAGAGGGGCCUUUGUAUACUCUGAGAUAAAUGUUUCCUUUCUUUUCUUUUCUCGUUUGCCGGGCAGUUGAGUUUUUAAUCAUGAUCUUUGUUGGUUUUCAGACUGUUUGGGGAUAUUCCUCACUUAAAUGAGCUAAUUUUCUUAUCUAAUGUUUACUAGAAGUAAAUAAUCAUGGUGUUAACUAGACAAUAACAGUACAGUAUUAAUAACUAUAACAAUGCAGCCAUAACAGCCAUCAUGUAAUCUACCGAUCAGGGCUACAGCAAUAUAAAUAUCAAUAACCCACGGAGUUUGUUUACAACUUCUGAUGGACUGAAAUUAACCAUCAUUUCAGCCAUGCAUGGUCGCGCGCAUCUUGUUGUACACAUAAACUGCAGGUGUUGUCAGUCAUCAGUGUUGUGAUGAUGUAUAAUUUAUGUGCUUGUGAUUCUCGAAUGCCAUACUUUGUAAUGUUUGGAUUGGAUUAACUUCAUUCCAUUGUGUUAACAAAGGCACUUCCUUUUUAUACAGUGAGUAAAGCAUUGUUGUUCUGUCUUACUUGAGUAAUGGUUUGUGGAUUUUUUUUUUUUUCAAUACGGUCUUGCAAUAAACACCCUUUGAACCCA